GAGAACGCGUCCCACGACAUUGAUGCGCGACGACAACAGCAGGAGCAGCGCGAGGAUUGAGUUGAUAAACUCUAAUAAUGAUUAAAUAACAGCAUGUGCAUCGAUUUACAGCGCAGAAUAGAGUUGAUCAUAUGAUAUAGCGCGUCACUAAUGCAUCUCUGAUUAAAACUCAAAGGCAGAAACAUGUCAAAUGAAGAGACGCUUCGCUCUGUAAUGUUCACACUCAGUUACAUGCUGAUGAAGAGGCGGCGCGACGUCACCAACGCAGACGCGCAGCGGCGACGCGAGGUGCAGCGGCGCGUCACACACAGACAGUACUUUCAUCAGCGGCACAAGAGGAUGAUUAUGAUGAUGAUCGCUCAAACAUCUCGUCCAAUCAGUGACGUUCCGACACGGCCAACGCGAGUGUGGAGCAAUACUGAGAGCACUGAUUGGUGGGAGCGGGUGGUCAUGAGGGAGUUCCAGCCCUCCGAUUGGCUCGAGAAGUUUCGCAUGACUAAAGAGACGUUCUUCCUCCUUUGCGGAAAACUGAAGCCCCGCCUCAUUCGGCAAGACACUCGACUUCGCCCGGCACUGCCCCUGGAGAAGCGGGUGGCUGUGGCGUUGUGGCGCCUCGCCUCAAACGUUGAGUAUCGUACCAUCAGCACGUUAUUCGGCGUGGGCCGCUCCACCGUCUGUAAGUGCGUGCGAGACGUCUGUCACGCCAUCGUGUUGCUUCUACGCCCGCUUUACCUCCACACGCCCAGCGAGCAUGAACUUGAAGAUGCAGCCCGAAUGUUCGCCACCCGCUGGGGCUUCCCGCACUGCGUGGGCGUGGUCGGCAGCCUACACGUGCCGAUAAUCGCGCCGUCCAGCAACACGGAUAACUACUGGAACAGUCGCGGGUGGCUGUCCGUGGUCACGCAGGGUGCCGUCAACGGCCUCGGCCAGUUUUGGGAUGUUUGCGCGGGGUUUCCGGGCAACACCGAACAUUCCGCCAUCCUGCAGAACUCCACGUUAUGGGCACGCGCGUGUGACGGCGGCUUUCUGCUGCACGACCCGCCGCUGAACUUCAUGGGGCGUCCGCUGGGUUACCUGAUGCUGGGCGAUGCGGGGUAUCCGCUCAAGAGCUGGCUGCUGAAGAGUUACCCCGAGUCUAACGAGCUUUCGGCGAGUCAGAGGGCACUCAACCGUAAGCUGGAGCGCGCGCGUGGCGUGGUGGACGAGGCGUUCCUGCGUCUGCGUGCGCGCUGGCAGUGUCUGCUGAAACGCAACGAUUGCCGCAUGGACGUGGUGCCCACCAUGAUUCUGGCAUGCUGCGUCCUGCACAACGUGUGUGAGGUGCACGGCGAUGAGUUUGAUGAGCGCUGGGAAGAGGCGGUGAGACACGAGGAGAGUCCGCAGCCUGCUGACGAGGUGUCGCCCGCCGCCGAUGACCCGGAUGCAGAGGAAGUCAGAGCUCUGUUCUGUGAAUACUUCUUGCAGCAGGAGAACCAGCAGAGAACGUUAGCGUGUUGAGAUGACCCACUCAAGCAUGACUUUAUGACAGAAUUAUUAUGUGAAUAAAUGUGCUAGACAGAAUGUGGUGACACGCAUCAGUUAAAUCGGUGAACCGACGACCGCCCUGAACAGAGCAGCAGAAACAACACAAAUACAUAUAGUGAUGAACCCACAGUGCAGAAAUCAAUCAUGAAUCAUGAUUUCUGAUCGGACAGUUCACUCUGGAGUCUUGUGCUCAUUAGUUCAUAUAGACUCCUUCAGAAUCUGCAAGUUAUUAAUCACUUUUAAAUCAUAAGAGCAGUCAUAAAAAUUGCAUUUUGUUUUUAACUUUGAGCUGUCUCAAAGGAAUAUUGCAGGUUCAAUACAAGUUAAGCAUUUGAGGCAUAAUGUUGAUUACCACAAAGAUUAAUUUAUUUUUCUUUAUAAAAGCACAAAUUUAUGUUCCAGUGAGACACUUACAAUGGAAGUCAAUGGGGUCAAUAAUCUGUAAACAUUAAAAUACUCACUGUUUCAAAAGUAUAGACACAAGACAUAAACAAUAUGUGUGUUAACAUGAUUUUACUGUCAUAAAAUCACUUACUAAACACAUCUGUGGAAAGAUAGAGACAAUUUUACAACCGUUGCCAUGAUGACGAAACGUCAUUAACCAAAAACGACGAUUUAAGGGUCAUUGAUAAAUAAUGUUGUCCAAGGUGUUACAAAUAAGAAAUA